GGCGCGUUAAGGGCCCUCGCGAUCAGACGUCCCUGCACCGGCGCUCACACCCGUAGUCAGCCCGGAACGUCUUUUUGCGGGGAGCCCUCGGAGCAGCCGCGAUGGCCAGCACCAGGAGUAUCGAGCUGGAGCACUUUGAGGAACGGGACAAAAGGCCGCGGCCGGGGUCGCGGAGAGGGGCCCCCAGCUCCUCCGGGGGCAGCAGCAGCUCUGGCCCCAAGGGGAACGGGCUCAUCCCCAGUCCGGCGCACAGUGCCCACUGCAGCUUCUACCGCACGCGGACCCUGCAGGCCCUCAGCUCGGAGAAGAAGGCCAAGAAGGCGCGCUUCUACCGGAACGGGGACCGCUACUUCAAGGGCCUGGUGUUUGCCAUCUCCAGUGACCGCUUCCGGUCCUUCGAUGCGCUCCUCAUAGAGCUCACCCGCUCCCUGUCGGACAACGUGAACCUGCCCCAGGGUGUCCGCACUAUCUACACCAUCGACGGCAGCCGGAAGGUCACCAGCCUGGACGAGCUGCUGGAAGGUGAGAGUUACGUGUGUGCAUCCAAUGAACCAUUUCGUAAAGUCGAUUACACCAAAAAUAUUAAUCCGAACUGGUCUGUGAACAUCAAGGGUGGGACACCCCGAGCCCUGGCUGCUGCCUCAUCUGUGAAAAGUGAAGUAAAAGAGAGUAAAGAUUUCAUCAAACCCAAGUUAGUGACUGUGAUUCGAAGUGGUGUGAAGCCUAGAAAAGCCGUGCGGAUCCUUCUGAAUAAAAAGACUGCUCAUUCCUUUGAACAAGUCUUAACAGAUAUCACCGAAGCCAUUAAACUAGACUCAGGAGUCGUCAAGAGGCUCUGCACCCUGGAUGGAAAGCAGGUUACUUGUCUGCAAGACUUUUUUGGUGAUGACGAUGUUUUUAUUGCAUGUGGACCAGAAAAAUUCCGUUAUGCCCAAGAUGACUUUGUCCUGGAUCAUAGUGAAUGCCGUGUCCUGAAGUCAUCUUAUUCUCGAUCCUCAGCUGUUAAGUAUUCUGGAUCCAAAAGCCCUGGGCCCUCUCGACGCAGCAAAUCACCAGCUUCAGUUAAUGGAACUCCCAGCAGCCAACUUUCUACUCCUAAAUCUACGAAAUCCUCCAGUUCCUCUCCAACUAGUCCAGGAAGUUUCAGAGGAUUAAAGAUUUCUGCUCACGGCAGAUCUUCUUCCAAUGUAAACGGUGGACCUGAACUUGACCGUUGCAUGAGCCCUGAAGGUGUAAAUGGAAACAGAUGCUCUGAGUCAUCAACUCUCCUUGAGAAAUACAAAAUUGGAAAGGUCAUUGGUGAUGGCAAUUUUGCAGUGGUCAAAGAGUGUAUAGACAGGUCCACUGGAAAGGAGUUUGCCCUAAAGAUUAUAGACAAAGCCAAAUGUUGUGGAAAGGAACACCUGAUUGAGAAUGAAGUGUCAAUACUGCGCCGAGUGAAACAUCCCAAUAUCAUUAUGCUGGUCGAGGAGAUGGAAACAGCAACUGAGCUCUUUCUGGUGAUGGAAUUGGUCAAAGGUGGAGAUCUCUUUGAUGCAAUUACUUCGUCGACCAAGUACACUGAGAGAGAUGGUAGCGCCAUGGUAUACAACUUAGCCAAUGCCCUCAGGUAUCUCCAUGGCCUUAGCAUCGUGCACAGAGACAUCAAACCAGAGAAUCUCUUGGUGUGUGAAUAUCCCGAUGGGACCAAGUCUUUGAAACUGGGAGACUUUGGGCUUGCUACUGUGGUAGAAGGCCCUUUAUACACAGUCUGUGGCACACCCACUUACGUGGCUCCAGAAAUCAUUGCUGAAACUGGCUAUGGCCUGAAGGUGGACAUUUGGGCAGCUGGCGUGAUCACAUACAUACUUCUCUGUGGAUUCCCACCAUUCCGAAGCGAGAACAAUCUCCAGGAAGAUCUCUUUGACCAGAUCUUGGCUGGGAAGCUGGAAUUUCCGGCCCCCUACUGGGACAACAUCACGGACUCUGCCAAGGAAUUAAUCAGUCAAAUGCUUCAGGUAAAUGUUGAAGCUCGGUGUACCGCGGGACAAAUCCUGAGUCAACCCUGGGUGUCAGAUGAUGCCCAGGAGAACAUGCAAGCUGAGGUAACAGGUAAACUAAAACAGCACUUUAAUAAUGCGCUCCCCAAACAGAACAGCACUACCACCGGGGUCUCCGUCAUCAUGGUGAGUGGAAGGUGGCAGCAUCUGGCCUGUCUGUGGAGCCGGCCUUGAAGUUUUUGAAUUAGA